AUGACGGCCAACGGGACCGCCUCGUCGCCGUCGGCGCCCUCGGAGUCGCUGCCCAUCCAGUUCGGGCUGAUCAACUGCGGCAACAAGUACCUGACGGCCGAGGCCUUCGGCUUCAAGCUCAACGCCUCGGCGCCCAGCCUGAAGAAGAAGCAGAUCUGGACGCUGGAGCAGGAGGGCGGCGGGGGCGACGACUCCGGCCGGGUCUUCCUGCGCAGCCACCUGGGCCGCUACCUGGCGGCCGACAAGGACGGGCAGGUGAGCUGCGAGCGCGAGGCGCCCUCGGCCGACUGCCGCUUCCUGAUCGUGGCCCACGACGACGGCCGCUGGUCGCUCCAGUCCGAGCCGCACCGGCGCUUCUUCGGCGGCACCGAGGACCGCCUCUCCUGCUUCGCCCAGGCCGUCUCGGCCGCCGAGAAGUGGCGCGUCCACCUGGCCCUCCACCCGCAGCUCCACCUCUUCAGCCUCAGCCGCAAGCGCUACGCCCGCCUGGGCCCCGGCGCGGCGGGCGAGGAGGAGCUGGCCGUGGGCCGCGACGUGCCCUGGGGCGUGGACGCGCUGGUCACGCUGCUCUUCCACGAGGGCCGCUACCGCCUGCAGGCCCGCGACCACCGCCUCCUCCGCCACGACGGGCAGCUGGUAGGCCGCGCCGAGCCGGCCGCCGAGUUCACGCUGGAGUUCCGCGCCGGCAAAGUGGCCUUCCGAGACUGCCAGGGCCGCUACCUGGCGCCGUCGGGGCCCAGCGGCACGCUCAAGGCCGGCAAGGCCGCCAAGGUGGGCAAGGACGAGCUCUUCCUCCUCGAGCAGAGCUGCCCGCAGGUGGUCCUGCGCGCCGCCAACGAGCGCAACGUCUCCACCCGGCAAG